CAACAUCUGCCCGCCCUUCAGCUGUUUCCUGCCCAUAAGGAGGAUUCUGGUAGCCACCAGAAAACAAAACCAAAAAUGGAUUGGUUAAGGAAAUACAAAAUACUUACUUUCAGAGAACAUAGUUCUUCUAAUUAUGACCUUAAUUGAACUUAGUCAGUGGAAAUUCUCAAGUGUGUGUGUCUCUGCAUAAAUGUUCUAUAUUUUAAACUCGGGGGCUUAGCCAGAAUAUUGCAGCUCUAACACUAGUCAAAUUUCCCUUUAAGGACAUUCUGAAGGGAAGUUUUUUUCCUUGUGGUUUUAAGUAGACAUUGACAAGGAGUGGUUCUGUCUGAGGAGGAGCCUUGUGUACGUGCCACAGAUUGGGAGGAAAGAGCUUAUUUUUUCCUCCAAAGUUGAAAAGCUGAAGGGAGGAUCCGAUAACGCUGAUGACCCUUUCUGUUCCUUUUGGAGUUGACAUGCCUGUGAUUAAGAGGCGAAUCUGUCACCUAUUCUUCCAGACUGUGUAGAUCCAAAGAAAAAGCCGAGGAAAAAAAUGUAAAGUUUGGUUGGGGAGGAUAUCUGGCCUCAUCUGAUUUUACUCCCAUAUGGACCAAACAGAAAUGGCAAGUACUCAAUUUGAAUGCCAAUACUGCACGACUUCGCUUCUUGGGAAGAAGUACGUACUCAAGGAUGAUCAUCUCUACUGCGUUUCCUGCUAUGAUCGGAUCUUUUCUAACUAUUGUGAGCAGUGCAAAGAGCCAAUUGAAUCGGAUUCUAAGGAUCUUUGUUACAAAAACCGUCAUUGGCAUGAAGGUUGCUUCAAGUGCACCAAAUGCGACCACUCUUUGGUGGAAAAGCCUUUUGUUGCCAAGGAUGAACGCCUGCUGUGCACAGACUGUUAUUCUAACGAGUGUUCCUCCAAGUGCUUCCACUGCAAGAGAAACAUCAUGCCAGGUUCUCGAAAAAUGGAAUUUAAGGGCAACUACUGGCAUGAAACCUGCUUUGUGUGUGAGCACUGCCGACAGCCGAUAGGAACCAAGCCUCUGAUCUCGAAAGAGAGUGGCAAUUAUUGUGUGCCGUGCUUUGAGAAGGAGUUCGCUCACUAUUGCAACUUCUGUAAGAAGGUGAUAACUUCCGGUGGGAUAACCUUCCGUGACCAGUUAUGGCAUAAAGAGUGCUUUUUGUGCAGCGGCUGCAGGAAAGAGCUUUGUGAGGAGGCAUUUAUGUCCAGGGAUGAUUUCCCAUUCUGCUUGGAUUGCUACAACCAUCUUUAUGCAAAAAAGUGUGCAGCCUGCACCAAACCCAUCACUGGUCUCAGAGGUGCCAAGUUCAUCUGCUUUCAAGACCGCCAGUGGCACAGCGAGUGUUUCAACUGUGGGAAAUGCUCCGUCUCCUUGGUGGGCGAAGGAUUCUUGACUCAGAACGCGGAGAUCUUCUGCCGCAAGUGUGGCUCUGGGGCAGACGCGUCUGACGCGUAGGAAGAGACGGUCUCUCCCCGACCCGAAACCCACUUUGCCUUUGCUCUCACUAAAAGGGGAACUCGGUGGCAGUAAUGCUCUUCGUUUGUAUCUUAGACAACAGUUUCGUGCAGGGUACAUAGCAGGAAAAGGCUAGUAUACUUUACAGUUGAACUCUAUAAUAAGAAACACACAAAACACAGUCUAAUAAGAAAAUGAAUUACUAAGCCACAAAGCUCUAUCUCCUUGUAAAAUAGUGCACUCUGCUGUUAGAAACAUGGGAUAAUACCUCCUCAUUUAUUGAGUAUAUGGCCUAUAUUUAGUAAUUGUGAAUACUGCUGAUGAAGGACGUUUUUCAAAACUACAGAAGGAACACAAGAUCCAAUUGAGAAGUAUGCAAGGGACAAAUGUUUGCCUUUUAAACUAGCUGGUUAUAUAUGGCACGUUAGACUGAAUAAGAAUAGUGGAAGAACAAGAUUUAUGAAAAAUCAAGUAGUUAUCAUCACACUUAACAACCUUAUCAUUUUAGAGUCAUUCUUUGUUUCGCACGUACUGAGUAAGAGCUGAGAAACAAAGCUGCGGAUUUUUCUUGUACACAAGGCUUCCACCCUCAGCUGCCCCUUAGUCAAUGAAAUUGAACAACUAUGGUACCUUUUUAUAUUUAGAUACAAAGGCCAUCAUCCCUAUCUGAGCAGAGCCAAGCAUGGAUUUUCAUUAGAUUUAGAUUACAGAUUCAAAUACGUUUUAGAUUGCUUAUAUUUCCAAAGCCCACAUGGAUUUUCUAAAUGUUUACAGAUUUCAUCUAUUCUUUUAAAUGAAUUUAAUCAAAAUAAUUGUUGAUCCCCAAGGCAAACCUUUAAAGUAAAUGAAUUAUUAGAUUUUUCACUCAUGAAAAUGAAUGUUAGGGAAGCAGUUCAAUGUUAGAACACGAGUUUCAUCCAGACAGCUAAGGUAUCAUAGGAUGCAUAAUUAUGUCUAAGCCUUAUACAUUUUGCCUUUGAAAACUAUAUAGAUAACUAAUGGUCAAACAUAAAAGUGGACUAAAAAGCAACCUAGUAAAAGUAAUAACUUACAAAUAAUACUUCACUGUUGAUAACUCAGAACCCGCAAACAAACACAAUAUAAGAAAGUGGGAGGCAGAAAAGCCCUCCUUAGUUCUUUCAUGAUUGGAUCACCCCCUGUCCUGAAGCCAACCAACCCCAGAGCUGCAGUCUGUGUAUGACCAGGACUUCCAAACCCUAAGCAGUCAAUCCAGAAAUCAACAUUUAUUCUGUCAGCAAAAAAGUUUUAGUGGGAAUUCUGCCAUGAUAUAAACAACCCUUGUUUCAAGCACCAAUCGAUCAUCAUUAAAUGAAAUUGCAUAGGUAAAAUUAAGCAUACUGAUUAUUUUGUGAUCUAGAAAAUAAUUCACUCACAACUGUAAUAAUCUAAAUUCUUCAAAAUUUAAAUAGAUAUACAAGAUAUGGUAUUGUCUCUGUUAACCAAUUACAGAUAAUCAUGUAGCACAUGAUAUUCCCUGAUUAAACAAUUAAAUAGAUCAUGUGUUUGUAAUGGUACAGGGCAAAGAAUAGGGUAAGGGUUACAUUUAAACUUUUUAUGGUACUGAAGUUCAAAGCCAGGACCUUCCACAUGCUGUGCAAGAACUCUACCAUGGGGAUACAUCCCUACCCUUUGCACUUAAUCUUAGCAAUUAAAUGCAUGAAAUCAUUUGCUAGAUAAGCAUUUUAUUAUCCUUUCUUAGCUAUAGUUCAUAAAUAUAUAGAAAUAGUUACCAAUUUUUGUAUUGCUUAGUAACCAAAUAUAUAUAUUUAAUUGCCUGGAGUUAAAAGUCAUGCUUCUGGGACUUUGAGGUGGUGGGAGGGAAGAUCUGGGUUUAAAAAUAUGACAGUCUCACUGCAAAGACCCUUCCGCGAUGCAUAAGCAAAGCACCACUGAAGAUACAGCACUCAUAUGAAAAACAAUUAAGAAAGACUUCUUGCCAAUGACACACACAAAGACAACUGUGGAAAAAAACAUGGAUGAUUUAUUUGAUUUAUAAAUGGAAAAUGAUCUCUACUGGCUUAUUAAAAAAUGGGAUGGACUGCCUCAGUAAGCAGUGGGCAUUCAUGAUGCAGGGUGACAUCUGCACGGGCAGGGAUGUAGUUAGAAGCAAGCCUUUCACCAGAUGGCUUGGAAGCUGCAGAGAGGCUGUGCUAUAUGGAGCAGGGAGAAAUGAGACUGCUACAAGCAAAAGUCAGAGGAAGGGGAAAAUAAACUGUCAGGAUCAAAAGUACAGAUGUAUAUAUAAUAGGUCAUGGAAGUUGCCAGUGUUCUUAGCUAGCACAGACAGGAAAAGGCUAUGACAGUGUUCAAGGACAGUUAUAUCUACAUGUAUACUGUGUGGGGUAGGACCAGAGGCACAAAAGUUCACCAGGUGUUUCGACUGUGCCUCAUGUGCAUGGUGAUUGGUGAAAGGGAGAGAACAAGCGGAAGUUCAAACUUAGGGCUGUGUUGGCUGAUAAGGUGAGUGUACAUGUCAACAAAUCAAGAUACUCAACAUUGCUAUAUUUGGGGGUUGAAGUUGAUAAAACAGAAUUUUCUUCUGUUAAGGAAGAUGGGUAGGAUGCCCAAGGGCUCGAGUUUUAAUUAACAAAACCAUUAAAAACUUUGACUGAGAUAAAUUAGCACCAGUGGAUAACUGAGAUAUGAUCAUAUCACAAAUCGUGGUUCACAGCUCAGUCAUUAUGACUUCAGGAACAUCACAUUGCGCCAUUGCAGUAGAAGAGGUCAGGCACGGUGAAAAAUGUGUGCCUCUGAGCACAAGUGACCUUCAUCAAAAACCACUACAGAAUACCAACAUGAAAAAUCAGCCUCAAAACAUUUUUGAUGUUGGUAAUAGCACUUUUUUAAUGUUAAGUGUAAAAGUACUUUGUAAAGUACUUGACAUGCUGACAUAGUUCAUGUGUUAAAUUUUAAAAUGAAUGUUACACUAUGAUAUGGUUAUAUUUAACUGAGCAAAUAAAUUAUUCUCCAAUGCCUUAA